GUGCUCGACUUCCAGGAGCGUCAUAUCCUUCUCCCACUCCUUCCAGAUGAGACGUUCUAUAGACGCAAUAUCCGUGCUGUCCAACGAUGACCUUGCAGACUAUGAUGUGAUAUCUGACGGUAUUCGCUCUUUGGAAUCCAGUAUUGCCGAUCUUGGAAUUGUCGAUAGAAAAGCCAACGAUGAGAAUCACGAGCCGGGGCCAUCACAAGGAGCCAAAAAUAUAUACAUGACGCCUGGCUUGACUGUAGAAGAGAUUCAGGCAUACGUUCAGAAGGCCAUGGGAACAACAGGCCUUAGUCUGACACGCAACAAUGAUGUCUCAAGACCUGUAAGAGUAUACGUUGACGGACAUUUCGACGGUUUCAAUACUGCACAUGCACUUCAACUGCGACAAGCAAAGCUGUCAUUUCCAUCAGUGUGCGUGAUAGUCGGUGUUCACUCUGACGAUAUCUGCCGGGAAAACGGGUACCAGACUUCUGUACCGCACCUUGAGAGAUGUGAGUUGAUGCGACAUUGUCGAUGGGUCGAUGAGGUGGCGCCAGAGGCACCGUGGAGACUGGAUGAGAGGUUCCUGCGGGCUCGGUGUAUCGACUACGUGGCCAUUGACGAAGGGACGUCCAUUGACCCUUCCUUUGAUAAGGAGAAAUUGAAGGGUUAUGAUCUGGUCAAGAAACUUCGCAAAGCUAUCCCGACGAGGCGAACCACAGGCAUAUGCGAACGGAAGUAUAACGCGACACCUGUUCAAACAACGUCACGAACGUCUGUAUCAUUUCCUUCAGCCAUAGGAAUACAUCCUUUCGAGGGCGGUAGUAAAGACAGCGAGAAAGUCGACAAGGACCAGGACGACCCAUUUCAAGAGCCGAGAGUAGAUGAAUUUGGAGCAGGGAAUGGGGUGUGAGUCGGACAUGGAAUGCAUAUCUUUCCCACCCUCGUUCGUAUGUAGAUAGGGAUGUCUUCUUCUGAUGUUUAAUGCUUGACAUUGUAUUUCGCCAGACACUAUUUCAAUCGCGACCGGGUCGAAUUUAGGUUCUGCGCGGAGGCAAUGAAAUCGGAGCGCCCGUCAGCACAACCGCCAAAUCUGGUAACUGUGGAUGUUUCAAUCGACUGCCACUCCACCCCUGUCGACACUGCAGGUCUUAUUGACAAAAAUAUUGUCUGUAAGCUCGCGUCGCACUCUUAAGAACAACGAAGUGAUGUCUUUUCC